AGCGGCAAUCGGUAUUCAAGGAACCAAUUUCCGUGACCUUCAGUCUUUCCUGAAUGCGGGAGCAUGUGGUAAGGAUACUUAUUUGUAUUCAACUUGGGAAAGGCUUAUCUGCGGUGGAUAUCCUUCUCAGAACCCCUACACCUACACAGCAGAUCCUUCCAAUAAACCCUUAACCUUAAGCAAUUAUGCAUGGCCAUUGGUGGUCUCGAUUUCGAUGUUUGUGGUAAUCUUUGUUGGCUUAUGGAUCUUUUUCAUUUCUUACAUCAUUCGUGGAAUUGAUGCUUCCGAACGAUUUCAACGGAAAUAUACACGACAAUAUUUACAGGAUUCUGCAACGAUGCAACGAACCGGAGAUAGAUCACAAAUAGCCGAUUAUCGCCCUUUGCCGUUCAUCACCUUUGUACCAUUUAACAAUUUGCCCAAUUAUGGAGGAGGAGGAGGUGGGGGAAGCGGAGGAGUUGCAGGAGGUGGCUUUGGGGGCGGCGGCGGUGGUGGCUGUGGAGGGGGAGACGGUGGUGGUGGCGGAGGUGGCGGAUGUUGCUAAUCUUUCCGAUACUUUUGAU